AUGGGCACCUUCCAUAUCCUCUGCUGGACCUUGAACAUGAUUCUAAAUAUCUUGCUCCCUCUUUACGUGACCAACAACAUAAACAAAACUAUCAACAUGAGGUAUGGAGAUCACAUCUACGGUUAUUCUGUAGUGUAUAGCAGCGUCACAGAGAAAAUCGAUGUGCCACUGGAGAAAGCUUUGACAAUGGUUAUCCGUCCAGGAGAUAUUUUUUCCCAAGAAAAAACAUGUAUGCUUGAGACACAUCACUUGACCAUAUUUCAUCCACUUACACCAAACUUAGGAGGCACCUCCAGGUCCACAGAUCUGAUUCUCAAGCACAUGACUUUGGCCAACCUCUUAGUUCUGCUUUCCAAAGGAAUCCCUGAAACACUGGCAGCUUUGGGGUCGAAACACUUCCUCAAUGAUUUUGGAUGCAGACUUCUUUUUUACAUUCAGAAAGUGAGCAGGGAUGUGUCCAUUGGCACCACCUGCAUCUUGAGUGUCUUUCAGGUGAUCAUGAUCAGUCCCAGGGACUCCAGGUGGGCACAGCUUCAGGGAAAAGCUCCCAGGUACCUGGGCACCUUCAGUAUCCUCUGCUGGGUCUUGAACACGAUGCUCAAUAUUUCGGUCCCUCUUUAUACAACUGACAGAUUGAACAACACAACCAGUAUAAGGCACAUAGAUCACAUCUACUGUUUUUCAGUAGGUUAUAGCAGUAUGGCAGAGAAAAUCUAUGUGUCAUUGGUUUCAUUCCGUGAUGGCUUCCGUUUGGGGCUGAUGGUCGGCUCCAGUGGUUCCAUGGUUCUUAUCCUGCACAGGCACAAGCAGCGGGUCCGAUACAUUCAUAGGCACGACCAGUCUGCUAGGCCCUCCCCUGAGACCACAGCUACCCAAAGCAUCCUCGUCCUGGUGUGCUGCUUUGUUUCCUUGUGGACACUCUCUUCUGUCUUACACAGCUGUGUGGCCAUUUUUAACAAUCCCAGUUUCUGGCUGAAGAACACUUCUAAGCUCAUUGCUGCCUGUUUCCCUGCUCUAAGUCCCUAUAUUCUCAUGAGCCACGACUCCAGAGUAUCUAGGUGCUUCUUUCUUUAG